AUGGCCGCCAACGCCCGUUCCGCCUACCUUCCGUCGUUCCAAGCUCUUCCUGGGCUCACCAAUGAGCAGAUCUCUGAACUCCGUCAGGUCGACGCCGCUGCCCCUCAGCAGCUCGCCGCCGCCUCCGAUGUCCCCGAAGCCGAUGUCCUGACUGCCGUUGAGGGUCAUAUGGUGGCUGGCCGUGUGGUUGGCAACGGUACGUUCGAUGCGGAAGCCGGACGUGCUGCUGUUCGCUCUCAGCACUACGGUGCCUUCUUCCACUAC